AUGUAGAAGCGUAUAUUUAGUAAAAAAGCCUUUUCAUGUCAAUUUUCAAAGGAAUUUAUAUUUGCAUCUAAAUAAAAUAGAGUUGAACAGAUGUAGAGUUUUCUAAUAACACAUCCUUACUUGGUGUUUUAAUAUGAUUAUUAUAAUAUGACUGCCCUUCAUUGGGCAUGCAAACUAGGAUAUUUAGAUAUGGUAAGGAUGUUAUUACAUUACCAUGCAGAUUUUGAUGCAAUAGAUUUGAUGAACAGAACUCCUUUGAGUAUAGCAAUAGCAGAAAAUCAUUAAGAGAUGGUUAAAUUGUUGCUAACUCAUGGUGCCUAUCCUUGGAGUACCAAUUUAACAGAUUUGAAUGGACCUUUGCAACUCAAUGCAGAGAUGAAGAAAAUAGUUGGAUAAGCAAGAAAAAUAUAACUCUUUACUAAAUGGAGCAGACUUAAAUAGCCUACUUUGUGUAUUUAUUGA